UGAACGAGAGCAAAGUGUUUGUCGGCUGCGACGCCUCGUCCGCAACAUGACGGCGCCAUAAUCUUGCUCCUUAAAUUCACCUUUUUUGUUGAAAUAUUUCUCUUUUUGAUUAUUUAAUUUGGCCUUUUUUUUUUUGGAACACAGUAUUGUUCAACUUUCUUGCGUCCCUCGCAGACAACUAGCGUUAGCCUUCUUGUUCCGUUUUUAACGUUGGCCGCACUAUUUGUUGCUUAGUUUUUUUAUAACUUGUAGCAAAGGUGAGUUUUUUUUAACUUGUAGAAAAGGUGAGUUUUUUUUUUUUAUAACUUGUAGUUCGCCAAAAGGUUAGUUUUGCUAAGUAGUAGCCAGCAUGUCGCUGAGUAGCCGCAGUCAGACGGGCUCCAUGAACGACGAGAACACGCUGUCCAGGCUGCGGGGCUUCUUGAAGCCCAAAGCCGAGAACCAGGAGAAUGUUCCGCCCAAGCAGCCAGCGACGACCCACAGAACCGUGCUGGGAGCCCUGCAGAACCAGAACCAGAACCAGCAGAACCAGAGCAAAGCGCCGAAGCCGCGGGCUAUCAAGCAGGAGUCCUCACAGCCGCUUUCUUGCAAAAAUGAAGAGCUCUGCAAAGUCUCGUCCAAGCAGACCUUCCAGGUCCACGUGGACGAAGCAGUGGGCGCCUGUGUCAAGAAGCAUCGCGGCACAGAGGCCACCAAAGUGGCGGAGGAUCUGCCCCUAAAGGUGGACCAUGCCGUCACCCGUCUGCGGCAACCACUGGCCAUGCUGGAAAUUCCUGCGGCCAUGGACGUCAGUUUUGACUCUCCCAUGGACAUGUCUGCGAUGGAGGCUGAGGACAAGCCUGUCAACGUGACUGAUGUUCCCGAAUACGCCGCGGAGAUCCACACCUACCUGAGGGAGAUGGAGGCCAAGAGCCGUCCCAGAGCAGGCUACAUGAAGAAGCAGCCCGACAUCACCAGCAGCAUGCGUGCCAUCCUGGUGGACUGGCUGGUGGAGGUGGGUGAGGAGUACAAGCUCCAGAACGAGACCCUCUACCUGGCCGUCAACUACAUCGACCGCUUCCUGUCGUCCAUGUCCGUCCUGAGGGGCAAGCUGCAGCUGGUGGGCACCGCCGCCAUGCUGCUGGCCUCCAAGUUUGAGGAGAUCUACCCCCCGGAAGUGUCGGAGUUUGUCUACAUCACAGACGACACCUACACCAAGAAGCAGGUGUUGAGGAUGGAGCAGCUGGUGCUCAAGGUGCUCUCCUUUGAUCUGGCGGCACCCACCAUCAACCAGUUCCUCACGCAGUACUUCCUGCAUCACCACACCAGCAAGCAGACCCAGAGCCUGGCCAUGUACCUGGGAGAGCUCAGCCUGGUGGAUUGUGAUCCCUUCUUGAAGUAUCUUCCAUCUCAGAUGGCUGCGGCCGCUUACAUCCUGGCCAACAACACGCUGACUGGUGCAUCAUGGCCCAAGUCCUUGGUGGAGAAGACUGGCUACACUGUGGAGGAACUCAGGCCGUGUGUGGAGGAUCUUCACCAGAUGUACCUGAACGCAUCACAGCACGCUCAGCAGUCCAUCAGAGAGAAGUACAAGACAGCAAAGACCCAGGAAGUGUCCGUCAUUGACCCACCAGAGACUCUACACUUGGACUGACAUGUUGACUCUUUUAAAGGUGACUUUUUAUCCAGAGUGUAAAUACUAACUGUUAUUUUGUCCCAGCACUUUGCUGUUCUUUGUUUUGUUGAAGCUGCUGCCGUUGUUAGUCCAUCAUGGAGUCAUGUUUUACACUCGCCAAGAGAAUAAAAUUGUAUUCCUCUUUUAAA